AUAGCAUAAUACAGUUGUACCAUCAUGGCUGCUAGUGAAAGGAAACAAGAAGAAUGUCAUCUACUGCAUUUAGUGAACAUGAUUCAGCUGACAACCAGAAAAACUAAACUACAAUUUGACGAGUUGGUUGCCAUGGAACAGUUGUGUUGGUAAUGGAAAUCUUAUGGUUUCUACUUAUUAGAAAAGUAAUUAAAAAGGUACUCUGAAGAAUGCCUUAAUUUUUUAUGGCAAAACGAGUUAGACUCAAAUGUUUCCGAUGAGUAUGGAAAGAGAGAGUUUUCAGAGUGGGUUUUUAUUGUGAUGAUAUUUUCUCAAUCUUGAGCUUCAUGACUUAAUGAAGCUCAACACAGCAAAAUAUCAUCAGGAUAGAGACUUGUGCUGCAAACUCUCUUUCCAGAGUGACGUGAGUUAUUGGGAACCAACCUAGAAAUCAAAUGAGAGCAAAAAAAGAGCAUAUAUUGUGCAAGUACAGUAUAUAUAACUAACACUACAGUGCAGAAAAUUACUGGAUUGUCUUGAGGUUAUAAUUGUCACACAUUUGUGCUGGCAUGUAAGAAGAAGUGCUGAGAGAUAAGUGUACUUAAGCAUACUUGUCUCUCUUUAAAAUUAUGUGUUGAAAGGAUGCAUAUUAUUUAAACUCUUCCUCAUGCCAUCAGUAAAGACUAGUCAAUGGUCCAAGUCUGACUGAAUUGUUGCCAAAAGCAUCUUUCUCCUAUGUGUGGGUUAUUUGUGUAUUGUUCCAAUCACAGUAUUGUGUCCUUUUGUUCUUUAACCUGUAAACGGUCCAAACGUAUAUAUACGUUUUUUCAACAUUUGAAAGUAUGUAAAAAAGUAAUCUUCUUUUUGUUUUUCUACAUUUGAAAAUGUGUAAAGAAACUUUGAUCUACUUUUUUUUUGUUAUAUUUGAAAAUAUGUAAAAAAAAAACUUAGAUCUACUUUUGUAGCACUACACACGUGAACGUAGAUCUGCUUGGACCGUUUACGGGUUGAAGACAUACAUAACUACAUAUUUCAGCUCAGCUGCCAUCUCUUGGAUUUUGCACAUGAUUUUCAAGACUGCAGGUUCUUGAGCUCUAUUGAGGCUUAAUGAAGGUGGAAAUGAAAGGAAGAGUUGGAGAGUUAUAAAAAAUGUGAUGUAUCCUUUUCUUUUAUGUGCAGAAUUAUAAUUAGGAAUACUGCUGAGCUUUUAAAAAAAAAUUUUUUGAUUAUACAGUGGACCCCCGGUUAACGAUAUUUUUUCAUUCCAGAAGUAUGUUCAGGUGCCAGUACUGACCGAAUUUGUUCCCAUAAGGAAUAUUGUGAAGUAGAUUAGUCCAUUUCAGACCCCCAAACAUACACGUACAAACGCUCUUACUUAAAUACACUUACAUAAUUGGUCGCAUUGGGAGGUGAUCGUUAAGCGGGGGUCCACUGUAUAUACAAUACGACUCCCAUAUCCACGAGGGAUAUGUUCCAAAGACCUGCCAUGGAUACUGAAACCGUGUGUAGUAGCAAACCCUAUGUAUAAGUCCUAUACAUACCUGUUAUAAAGUAUAAUUGAUAAAUUAUGCACAAUAAGUGGAGAAUUAUCACUUUUUCACUGAUAAGAAGCACUUCACGGCUUCUCUUAGGCUUUGAAGAACUGCUAGUUUCUCUACUUUUGCACUUUGGGCCAUUAUUAUGCAAAAUUAAGAGGUAUUUUUGGGCCAUAGUAAACCGUGGAUAACUGGAACUGUGGAUACUGAAUCAGCGUAUAUGGGAUUUCUACUGUAAUCAUUUAAAAGUUGUGUAUGUACUAUAAGGAUUUAAAAUACGUAUAGUAAUGUAAAAAAUGAGUCAUGCUUCUAAAGUUCCUCCCUCUCAUUGUUGAUAAAUGCUGAAUGUUGUUGGAUUUCAUACUUAUUCAAUACGUACUAUUGAAUGGCCCAAAUUUACUGAAGUUAUAAAAAACUGAGAUCCAUAAGAGGAGGUGUCUACCUGUAGGAUACACUAGGGAUGCCUCUGGGCAUCAAUGCCCCCAUGGCCUGGUCCCAGACCAGGCUGCCUGGAGGAUCAAGGCAUGAUCAACCAGGCUGUUUGGUGGCUGCAUGCAGUCCAACAUAUAAACCACAGCCCAGUUGGUCAGGCACUGAUUUGAGGAUCUUUUCCAAGGCAGUAGAAGUUCCUACAUCUCAAAAGUAAUAGCAGAUCCAGCAAUACUCCUAUCGCUUAAUUUAUGGAAUCAUUUUAUGUGUACCUCAUUAAACUACCUUUUUAAUUUAAACCUAAUGAUUUCAUCUUUUUGUCACCUUCUGUUUCACCUUGCUGCUUUGCUAUAUAGAGUAUGUACUCGCUUUUCUGUCCGGAUAUACAUGCACAUUAAGAUAGAUAAGCUCAGAUCAUUUUAUUUCCCAGUUACGGGCAUGUUACUGAUACAGGUAUUCUGUGGAUAGGCCCCGACUUUGAAAUGAUCUGAGGUAGAAGUAGGGCUUUUAACUUGUAUUGUGUAAAUGAGUUUUUAUGGGAGAGGGACAGGACUAUAGAAACAGCUUUGACUAUCUUGAUCUUAAUCUAUGUUCAUGUCUUAUGGGAUAAAUAAUAAUCUGCUGUGUAUAUAUUCUGCUGGAAAAUACGUUCUGAACUCUUUUAUAUUUAUUAUUUGCAGAUAUCUGAUGCUGCCUGUAAUGCAAAAUUUUUACCUCAUCAUAAAUUUCAACAAAAGGUUCCACAAGUGAAGAGCCAGUUUCAAAAAUUGCUUGACAUCCAUAAGUCUAUACAACUGAUGCUUAGAGAAUACAUUAAAAGCUGUACAUUUGAUCUGUGUGAUUUGGAAAGCAUUUGCAAGUCUGAUGAGGGUUCACUGGCUAAAUGGCAGAAAUUUGAAAACAGAGUUGAGACUCCUGGAGAGCUGAACAGAACCUCACAAGAUUUAGAACUGAAAAUAAGAGAGAGAGAUGCAGAAACACAUUGCUGUCAGUUGGUGCCUUUUAACAAUGAGAACAGUGUUAUUCACUCUCUGCCUAAGGAAUCAUCAGUUCAAACUACUGCUAAUCAGGUUGAUGACUCACAUCUUACAAGUAGCACAUUUAUAGAAAGUCAAAAUAAGAGCAAUGAGAUUGUGCCAUUAGGUGCACUUCCCUGUGUGAUCCUUCCAUCACCCCAGGUUCCUUUGAAUGGUGCACCAGAAGCUGCCAUGAUCUCACAUGUCAAUUCUCCUAAUCAUUUCUACCUGCAUCUUGUCAACAGUGAAACUGCAUCAUUGGACUGGUUUUGUGAAACAAUGAUGGAAAUAUAUAAGGAUGAUGAUGAACAAUUAAAUGUACUUGAACUGCCAGUAGCAUCUUGCUGGGCAGCUCGAUGGACAGAUGGUAUGUGGUAUAGAGCCUUCAUUCUAGCCAACAUUUUCUCGGAGGCCACUGAGAGUUCACAGGAGAAGGAUCCACAAGUGAGAGUUAGUUUUGUUGACUAUGGAGAUGAGGGGAUAGUAAGCACCAAAGACAUUCGGGUCUUACAUGAAGAUCUUACUCUCCUUCCCUCCUUGGCUGUACCGUGUUGCCUUGCCCAGGUAUAUCCUGUAGACGGGUGGCAAGGGCACUUGUGGUCUACGGAGAGCAUUAAGGUCUUCCUCGAGUUAUGUGGAGGUUAUUCAUCUGUUCUGUUUGCAAGUUUUCAAGAAUACUCUCUGAGUGGCACAUACAACAUUCUACUUACAAGACCUGACGGUGUGGUGGUGAAUGAUGAGUUUAUAGCUCGAGGUUUUGCCAUCCCCAAGUUCUCUCCACAAGUAUCUGAUCAUGAUGAAUCUCAAUACAGAUCUCAAGGUUUGGAAGAAAUAAAGCAUGAUGAAGAAGAAAUACCAGAUGGAUGGGAUCCGAUGUCGAGUGUGUAUUUCAGUCCUGAAAACUCUGUACUACACAACGAUGAAUGUGCAGAAACUGUAAUUUUGGGAAGAAGAAACAAUGAUGAGGCUCGCCUUUGUAAGUUCUUUUGCAAGGGGCGCAAGUGUCCUAGGGGUGAAACCUGCAGAUUAGAACACACAAGAAUAAGAAGAGAUGGUAUAACAGUUGAAAAGGAGGAAGUACAUCAAGAAUAUUUGGAGCUUCAUCCAUUAGUACAAGAGAAUUCCUUACUUGCAGUUAUAGUAACAUCAGUUAUUACUCCAUGCCACUUUUAUGUCCAUCUUCCUUUUGGAACACAGUGUCUUCAAGAAGCCAUAAUUCUUUAUCCAGGUUUUGUAGAUAAAUCAGCUAUGGAAAUGGAAUUGUUAAUGUCUGCCAUGCAAAAAUAUUACAAGAAAGCUCAUCCCCAGUCCCAAGAGUGUUUGCUUGCACCUGGAGAACUUAAGGCACUAUGUGAACAAAAGAAUGGGAAGGUCCAUUGUUCAAGAGUUCGUGUCAUAGGUAUAAAGGAAGACAAGUAUAGUUCCCUAGUACAGGUUUUCUCUAUUGACUUCGGUUACACAAACUGGGUUCCAGAAAAUCAGCUGCAUCCUCUUGCUGUACAGUUUAUUCAUACUCCCUCACAAGCUGUUGAUUGCUGGUUAACGGGCGUGGAGUCUCCACGCGAUGGUUGGCAUCCUUCAGCUGGUAGCUACCUGACACAACUUACAGAAGGCCGUACAUUGGUUGCUCAUGUCAAUCAUAUUGACAGGGAUCAUCAGCGUCUGGGUGUUACUCUUCAUAACACUGAUGAAGGGCAUGAUAUCAACAUAAAUGAAUUCAUCCUGAAGAAGCUUAAAAAAUAAUUUUAUUUAGAACUAUAUUAAUUAUUGGUGAAAGCGUUUUUUUUUUUUUGGGGGGUCACUGUGGUGGGAGACAGCCAACGUGUUAAAAAAAUUUGGUUAAUGAAAUUUCUUAUUUUUUUUAGGUGUAAGGUGCACAAAACUGGCUUUGUAAACCAUAUAUUCGAGCAUAAGUCAACUUCUGACAUUUUGCUAACAGCUCCUUUCUUUUUCAUAAACAAUAUUUCAUUUACAUGUCAACACUAGUUUUUGAGGAGCAUUAGAAUAGUUUGGUAUUUGCUGCUUUGUGUAUCAAGGUCAAAUAUGCUAUUAGGCUUGCUCCAUGCAAAAAGUAAGUUUACCAGUACAGUGUUUUGUCUUUUUAAAAGUUCAGCCUGUCUCUUAAAUAUACAGAAAAAAUGUUAAAACAAAAGUAAAAAUAUCUAAUGGUUACACUGAUUUUAUUAUCAUCAAGGUCUGGUGCUCAGUGCUUAGUACUUCGUUAAAGUAAAGGAGAGGUGGGAGGCAAGGCAAGCUGGUUAUGAACAUAAAAAAAAAAAAGGAAUGUACCAGGCCUACCUGCAAGUACUAUGGUAAGUAGGUUCCAGUCACCUACCAGUCAUACUCAUCUAUCUAUCCAGCCCAUCCUUAUAUUAUUAUUAUAAUCAAGGGGGAAGCGCUAAACCCGGGGGAUGUGGAAGGCAUUCAGGCUUAAUUCGGGGAACUGGAGCACAGAUCUAAUUCCCUAAAUCAAGAGCCUCUCGCCAACAUCAAGGAACCUUCCUUGAGGGGCCCAUCCUUAUAGUUUUUAGCAUCCUGAAGAAUUUGUUCCUAUGAUUAUACAUAGUAGCAGUUUGCUCCACUCAUUUUCAGUUCUGUUCCUAAACCAGUUCUUUUCUAAUUUUCUAAAUCUGAAUUUAUUCAGCUUUAAUCCAUUGUUUAAAGCUGUAUCUGGUUUAGAUAUCUUCAGCACUUCAAUAUCUUCUUUCUUUAUGCCCAGUAGUGCUCAAAGGUUUGAUCAGUAAGAGGGUUCAUAAAUGAUGUUGGUGGACCUUUAUAGGUUUAAUGCUUCCCAUUUGAAUAAUUUAGCAAUACAUUCAUGGGAGAGUGCUAAACUCAUAAUCAUAUAUUAUUAUUAUUAUAAUCAAGGGGGAAGCGCUAAACCCGUAGGAUCAUACAGCGCCCAGGGGGGGGAUGUGGAAGGCAUUCAGGCUUAAUUCAGGGAACUGGAGCACAGAUUCAAUUCCCUAAAUCAAGAGCCCCUCACCAACAUCAAGGAACCUUCCAUGAGGGGUCAUAAUCAUAUAGCACCACAGAAUGGGAGGUAAUUAGAUUCAACCCUAUGAUAGGGAGCAAUUCUUUAGAGCAAAAGCCCUUCAACACCUACCUUUUAAAAGAAAUAUUUGUAGUUACAUGGGCAUAGCUAUGUUCAGUGUUCCAUCUUCAUUAUUUUAUUCCUCUUCAAAGGGAGUCUGUGGCAGGCAGGCUCUCGAGCCAAGGAAUUGAACUUCUGCUCCCCUUCCCUGGAUUUUCUAAAUACCCAUUACCCCUUUUUUUUUUUUUUUUUUUUUUGCCUUAGUGGUGAGAUUUCCUCUUAUGAAAUCCAGUUCCUAAACAUAAGGAUGUGUAACUUUCUGUAUACUCGAUUAAUAUGUCUAACGUUUAUAUACUUGCCUAAUUGUGAUUGCAGGGGUCGAGUCUCAGCUCCUGGCCCUGCCUCUUCACUGAGUGGUACUAGAUCCUCUCUCCCCCUGCUCCAUGAGCUUUAUCAUACCUCAUCUUAAAGCUAUGUAUGGUUCCUGCCUCACUUGCUAGACUAUUCCACUUCCUGACUUCUCUAGCAUGUGUGUGUGUGUAUGUAUGGAGCUUGCCAAAUAUGAUUGUAUAUCUGACUAAAUUUUUGUUACUAGUUAGAUUUCUGAAUACAGUGGACCCCCGGUUUAUGAUAUUAUUUCAUUCCAGAAGUAUGUUCAGGUGCCAUUAUUGAACGAAUUUGUUCCCAUAAGGAAUAUUGUGAAUUAAGAUUAGUCCAUUUCAGACCCCCAAACAUACACAUACAAAUGCACUUACAUAAUUUGUCACAUUGGAAGCCUAUUGUAAAGCAGGGGUCCACUGUAUUGCUGUGUAUAUAUCAGUAUGCAAGUACCUUUCUAAAUGUGUGUUAGUCAAAUACUAGAUAUCUUACACACAUGCAAUAUCUGAAUAUCUUUAUACUCUAUCUGAGAAAGCCACUGGUGGGCAAAAUAUCUUCAAAGUAAAGAUAUCCAGGUGUUGCACGUGUAAUUUGUUAACUUAUUGGUAUUGUAAACCACUAAUGUGAUGACGUAUAUCAUGCUAAUGUUAUAAUUAAUACAUUUAAGGGCAAGCACUUAACCUGUAGGAGUUAUAGAACACUUGGAGGAAUGUAAAAAAUCUGGUUUGAUCCUAGGUAGGGGAUGACAAGUCCCGUUCCUUAGAUCAAGCCUCUCGCCAUUAUUAUUAUUAUAAUCAAGGGGGAAGCGCUAAACCCGGAGGAUUAUACAGCGCCUGGGGGGGGGAUGUGGAAGGCAUUCAGGCUUAAUUCGGGGAACUGGAGCACAGAUUCAAUUCCCUAAAUCAAGAGCCCCUCACCAACAUCAAGGAACCUUCCUUGAGGGGAAGCCUCUCGCCAGCAUCAAGAAAAUAUUGUUGAGGGUGUUAGUCUGUGCACUUCUAGAUGCUGGUGAAUAUCUUACUACAUGAAUAAAUAAUACUUUAACCCUAAUUCUUUUAAAAUGAUUAGUAUUAUUAUUAUUCAUGUACAUUUAUAAUCAACUUUAGUUCUAAACUGGAGAGGGUCAUACCGCUUAUAAAUGUAUGUGAUACUGUAUAUGUAAUAUAUGUACCAAGUAUGAAUGUUUUCUUGUUUGGGUA